UGUGGCGAUUAGUGGAUGCUGCUGUUAUUGUCCUCUAGAUGGCAGUAGUGCUGAGCACACAGUUAGCAGAGGCAUUAUCCGAGUAAAAGCUCAGAGCAAAGAAAACUCGUGUGGAGGUUCAGUGCUGAAGAAAUCACGACAACACACUCCAGCUUUUAUAUUGAACCUUCUGCUGCCAGACUGUUUAUCUGACGGACACUUCAGCUGCUUGCCUUUAUUCAGUAUAUAUUGGGGCUCAACUGUAAAUUCCUCUACAGAAGCGAUCAGGAACGCUGGACUUUGUUAUUUCAGCUGAUAUUUCAUACACAAACAGGCCUGACUGGGGAGACGUGAGUUAAAAUGAGAGGAAAAACAAAAUCACUGAAGAGAAAGGACAGAAAACGUGUCACCUGCACUCAGUGUGGGAAGAGUCUGGCAAACAAAGACAAUCUCAAGGUCCACAUGAGGAUUCACACCGGAGAGAGACCAUUCACAUGUUCUCAGUGCGGGAAGAGUUUUAGAGACUCAUCAAACCUUAAUAGACACAUGUUGAUCCACACUGGAGAGAAAACACACUCAUGUGAUCAAUGCGGAAAAUCAUUUCUGUUGGCUUCAAAGCUGAAUGAUCACCUUAGAGUUCAUGCAACUGAGAAGCCUUCAUGCUCUGUGUGUGGAAAGAGUUUUGCACAUCAAGUAAAUUUAAGAAGACAUCAGAAGAUCCACACCGGUGUGAGAGAGUAUGUGUGCUCUGAGUGUGGGAAGACUUUUUUUACAUCUACAAGCUUACAACAACACCAGAGGAUUCACACGGGAGAGAAACCGUACAAGUGUUCACACUGCGACAAGAGAUUCAGUCAGUUAAGAAACCAGAAAAUACAUGAGAUGAUUCACACUGAAGAGAAACCGUACAAGUGUUCACACUGCGACAAAAGAUUCAAUUGGUUAGGAAACCAGAAAAUACAUGAGAGGAUUCACACUGGAGAGAGACCGUACAAGUGUUCACACUGCGGCAUGAGAUUCGGUCAGUUAUCAAAUCUGAAAUCACAUGAGAGGAUUCACACUGGAGAGAAACCGUACAGGUGUUCACACUGCGACAAGAGAUUCAGACAGUAUAGAAGCCUGAAAACACACGAGAGGAUUCACACUGGAGAGAAACCGUACAGGUGUUCACACUGCAACAAGAGAUUCAGUCAGUUUAGAAGCCUGAAAUCACAUGUGAGGAUUCACACUGGAGAUACAGAUAUGCAAACUUGCAGUAUUGAUGGGUUGUUCUGGAACAAAUCUUUAAUGUGACUCUGCAAUAACGAGUCCUUUCAGAGUGAUUCUUUCAUUGCUGUAUGUGCAGAUAGGGGAAAUGAUCAAUUAUUUUUUAUUCUAUCAGGUUUGAGUCGUUCAUUAAUCAGAUGAAAUAUCUGUAGAUCCAUCCUCUAUGCACUUUGAGCUGCAAAAAAAAUUAUUCAUAUUUUCAAGUCCUCUGGUUUUGGAGUUGUUUGUCUUUACAUGUAACUUGACAGCAGAAAAUCAUUUGAAUUCAUAGGAAUUAGCCACUAAAUCAAAAAGUUACGAAUUGCCGUGAGAUUGCGUUGGUGCCCUGAACUAGCGAAUCAGGCUCUUUCUUGGUAUACUAGACUUCCAGGCAGGUGUGCUGAAAACACAGCAGAAAUGUGCCACUGAUUUACUCCAGUUGUAGUUGACAGUAUCUGAUGGCCCGUUUCCACUGAGUGGUUCGUUUCUGUAUGCUUUUAAGCAGGGCUUUACAUUAACACCCACCAAAUGCGGGUAGAUUUCAGCUUUGGCGGGUUAGACAGUCACUCCCACUAGCCACUUUGGCUGGCUGAAAAUAAUUUUUAAAUUGUGGUUUUCUUAAAAGCAGGGUUCGACUAUAAGAAUGACCCAAUAUGUGAUCUUAGAACGGAGAAAUAGCACGACUAACAAAAAAA